UUCUCAUGUCGCAUCACAAACCCAAGAUAGAGGCGGAGAGGACAUAAAGUUUCAUCUCCUACAUUAAGUCGGGAAAUUCUGCCAUAAUUACGGAAGCCAGGAGGUGGGCAGUACUUCCAAAAGCAGGCAGGUGUGCAAUAUGACCUCCUCGUCGAAGAAAAUAACCUACACUAGCGACUUCAAAUUAAAAGUUUUAGAUUAUUACUUCAAACAUGGUGGGGAUGAUCACUUUGGCCUCAAAAGAAAACGGCCGGUCAUUUCAACAUUGACAAGAAGACCAUCAACAGAAUGCUGAACAACCCCGACAUGGUGAAACGAGCAAGACGACUCAUCACCAAGAAGUCUUCCUCUUCCUCUUCCUCUUCUGCCAAGCCCUCCUCCUCCUCUUCCUCCUCCUCCUCUUCCUCCUCCAAGACUAAGGGAGGAGGAGGAGGAGGAGGAAAACAAGUUAAAGGAGGAAAAAAUUCAGGAACGGGUGGAAAAAUAAGUGGAUCUAAAGGAGGAAGUGGAGGAGGAGGUGGAGGAGGAGGAGGAGGAGCGGGGGCAGCUUCCUCUGCUUCUGGGGGGAGUGGAGGUGCAGGGGUGACAUCUAAUUCAGGUGGAGCAGGGAUAUCCGGCACUACUGCAGCAUCCUCCUCUUCCUCCUCCUCCUCCUCCUCCUGCACCUCUUCCUCUGCCUCCAAGGUUCGAUUUGUGGGCCAACCCAGCUCAGAGCAUGGAGUGAAGGUGCUGGAGCUCCCCGAGGAUCCUGACUACUCCUUAUUGAAGAAAUCUAUUGGUGCAUCAGUGAAUGGGGUUGCCAAUGUCGCUAAGUUGCUGGUGACGGCCACAGAUGAGGUACGGAAGCUGAUCCUUAAUGAGUGUGACAUGAUCCUGGAGUGCAAGGUGUGCCAGAAUUUGUUCAGAUCGGUCGUUAAUUUCUUGGCUCACAAACGCAUUUAUUGCCAGGAAGAGUUUGCUGAUGUUCGGACACUUUUUCAUCGCGAUAACACCCAGGGAAUCACGAACCAGUCGGGAACAGUAGUGGUGGAACCCGAGGCACCACCACCAUCACCACUACCUCCCCCUGACCUCCAGCCCCGCCCCCUGGCUCCCCCCUCAGCCACCGGGGGGCGCGGAGGGGGUCGGGGAAUUGAAUCCAUCGCCGCCAGGCUGGCCGGGAGGAGGGGAGGUGGCGGGGGGAGUGGAGCAGGGUCAAAAGGGGACUCGACAACCUCUCACCCAACACACACUGGGUCUGCUAAAUAUUUUGAAAGGUUACAAGCAGUGAACCAGGACAGAUACAAGCUGAGCCAAGACUGUUCUGUGGUGUUGGAGGACAUAAGAGGGGUGACAAAUGCGAGGUUACAAACAUUUGUGCCCCACUCCACCACAACUACCACCACUGUCUCAGCUGCCACCACUGCCUCAGCUACACCACACACACACAUGAGUCAGCUGCUGGAGGAGGUGUCUCGGAGGGGGUCAGGGGUCAGCGUGGCCCUGGGAGAACGCGGGGAGGUGGUCAAGACAGCGCCAGGCAAUGUGGAGGCGAUGGAGAUGGAUAAACCAGUAGUUGACCCCAGUGUGAGGCCGGGUCAUGACCUCAUAUGUCGACUGUGCAACACCCGCUUUGCAACGCCCAAGACCCUAUCUGUACACCAGCGUUCCCAUCACGGCCUAAAGAGGUGGAUGUACACCUGUCCCAUCUGCCAGGCUGCCUUUGUCACCAUGUGGGGCGUGAUUAAGCACCUGGAGAAAUUUCAUAAGAAAACGAAACAUCAGAUCGAUCGUUUGAAAAAAGUGAUUCGAAAAAACAUUACAAAGAAGUCCAUUUUUCGAGAAGAGGAGGAGGAGGUGAAGGAGGAGGAGGAGGAGGAGCUGGAGGAAGAGGAGGACGAAGAGGAGGCGGAAGAGGAAGAGGAGAAGCCACCAGACAGGGAGAGGGAGGAGAAGAGGAGGGGUCACAGCCGGCUGGAGGGAAGAGGAAAGGAGAGGCACUUGGAGGAAAGAUUGGAGAGAAAAGAAAGGGGAGGAGGAGGAAAAAGUACAAAUAAAGUGAUGGUUAGCAGCACCACCACCACCACCACUACUACCUCCACCACCACUGCCACCACCACCACCACCACCAGCAGCUCAAGAAAAGUUAUCUCAAAAUUGGCAUCUAAGGGCGGUCGAAGGGCAGGUCACCAAAUGUGGCAGUGUAAUGUGUGUGGCAAGGCCUUUAUCUCUCGGCCUGCCAGUCUGGCACACGUGGCAACCCAUAUUGUGUGUCCAUUUGAGCCCCUGGCACUCCCUGUGGCACUACCCGCCCCCAGCACUGGCCCCAGCACUGCUCAAGACAUUGGCCCCCAUACUGAGGAAGACAAGGAAAGUGGGUUUAGUUGUACUGCUGACACUGCCACUGUUUCCACUGGCCCUGGCACUGCUGUACAUGCUCUCUCUGGCCCUGGCACUGCUGCUGUUGAUGGUGCCACUGCUCAAUGCACAGGGGACAGUGAAAGUGGCACUGUUUUGGAGGCAAAGGGGAGAGAAACUGGUAUUACUUUGGGCAACGAGAGCAGUGAAAGUGGCACUGCUUUGGAUACUAGGCCUAUGGAAAGUGGCUCUGUUUCUGAUACUAGGCCUAUGGAAAGUGGCACUGUUUUGGAUACUAGGCCUAUGGAAAGUGGCACUGUUUUGGAUACUAGGCCUAUGGAAAGUGGCACUGUUUCUGAUACUAGGCCUAUGGAAAGUGGCACUGUUUUGGAUACUAGGCCUACAGAAAGUGGCACUGUUUUAGAUACUAGGCUUACGGAAAGUGCUACUGUUUCAGAUACAAUGCCUGCAGAAAGUGGCUCCCUUUUUGAUACUAGGCCUAUGGAAAGUGGCACUGUUUCGGAUGCUAGGCCUAUGGAAAGUGGUACUGUUUCGGAUACAAUGCCUACAGAAAGUGGCUCUCUUUUGGAUAUUAGGCCUAUGGAAAGUGACACUGAUUUGGAUACUAGGCCUAUGGAAAGUGACACUGUUUUAGAUACUAAGCCUAUGGAAAGCGACACUGUUCUGGAUACUAGGCCUAUGGAAAGUGACACUGUUUUAGAUACUAGGCCUAUGGAAAGCGACACUGUUCUGGAUACUAGGCCUAUGGAAAGUGGCACCGUUUUGGAUACUAGGCCUAUGGAAAGCGACACUGCUCUGGAUACUAGGCCUAUGGAAAGUGGCACUGUUCUGGAUACUAGGCCUAUGGAAAGUGACACUGUUUUAGAUACUAGGCCUAUGGAAAGCGACACUGUUCUGGAUACUAGGCCUAUGGAAAGUGACACUGUUUUAGAUACUAGGCCUAUGGAAAGUGACACUGUUCUGGAUACUAGGCCUAUGGAAAGUGGCACCGUUUUGGAUACUAGGCCUAUGGAAAGCAACACUGUUCUGGAUACUAGGCCUAUGGAAAGUGACACUGUUUUAGAUACUAGGCCUAUGGAAAGUGACACAGUUCUGGAUACUAGGCCUAUGGAAAGUGACACAGUUCUGGAUACUAGGCCUAUGGAAAGUGACACAGUUCUGGAUACUAGGCCUAUGGAAAGUGGCACUGUUUUAGAUACUAGGUCUAUGGAAAGUGGCACUGUUUUGGCCACAGGGGACAGUGAAAGUGGCAGUGUUUUGAACAGUGCCACAUUAGAAAGACACUUAUUUUGCAUUGAUAUAGUGGCACAAACCAGUGAUCUUGGCACCCCACACCAGUCACAGCUCAGCGCCACACAGGAGAGCAGUGCCAGUGCCAGUGCCUCGCAGCAUCCCCAGCACAACGCCACGGACUGUUCAAGUGACACAGCACAAACAAACGAACACAGCACUGGUACCUGGAAGUGUGCAGGCCCCAGCGACACACAGCGGCAGGAACACAGCACCUUGCAGCCUCCACAGCACGGUGACACACUAGAUGGAGAGUGCAGGCCCCACAGCAGCUACACACAGGAGCAACACAGCACCACACAGCAUCAGGGGAAGGAACAGAGCAGCUCACAGCAAUACAGCAUGUCUCACAGCACCUCGCAGCUUACGGAACAGUGCGGCAGCCCUUCCUGCAGCACUUCACAGCAUCACAGCCCCUCACACAGCAGCACAGUGCAAGAAAUACUUCAUUUUGCACAACACACAGGAAAAUAUGAAGAAAUAUUACCUCAAUGUAAACAAAACAGCAUUUCACCGCAGCAGGAGUGUCCGGAGGGCCAGCACAGCGUCACUGCCACAGCCAGCACAGCGGUGAACAGCAGUGCCACGCAUACAGACACAGAACACAAGAAUGAGUGUGUUAAAGGCACAGAAUAUUUUGGCAAUGUUAGUGAAGGUGCCAGCGGUGAUGUGAGGGAAAGCUGUGACAGGAGUGAGUGUGAGGGAUGCGACAGUGACAAGACAGUGCCAAGGGACAGUGCCACUACCUCAUGUACAGCUGAGGCACCAUUUCCCGGCACUGUCUGUGACUCGCGCCUCGAAAACGUGGAUAUUUUGAAACCAGUGCUCAAGUAUUCAAGACUGCGGCCCGAGGAGCUGGUGCCGGACAGUGCCGCAGUGCCAAACAGUGAAAGUGAUGUACGUACCUGUGAUACGCCCACACGCACACCCACACAUGCACACACACACACACCAACAAAGAAAAUAACACACACCAUGUCUCCCAAGAUCUUCACUCCCCGUUCAAGAGUGCCGCGUGGCAGUGCCGAGACGCCCCCAGCAACCCCGACGGUGCCAAUGCCGGACACUGCAGGGAUCAACGCCGUCCUGCCGAGCCAGUCAAGCCUCCCGACACUGUCUUCGCCAGUGCCAGCUGCGACAAUGCCAGCGACACUCACCCCAGACAAGACAAAAGACCGACUGUCACUUAAGAUACUGAAAGACCAAUUAGCUUCCCCCACAGAGGCACUCAGGUACUCCACAGUGCCAGAAUACACUUUACUGAGCCUCACAGUGCCAGGGAACAGUGCCACGCAGACACUGCUUCACCACACAGUGCCAGAAAGCAGUGGCAUGCAAACGGCCACUUGUUAUACAGUGCCAAAUGCAUCACUGCCCUCUGACACUCUCCACAGGGCAGUGCCAGAGGAUACAGGCACUUGGCACUGUCCCUUGGCACUGUCUGGCACUGAGGAGGAAGUCCAUAAGGCAGCUAUGGCGCUAAACCUCUUUGAAGAUUGGAACAUACAAAUAAAUUCAGACAUCCUGAAAGAUGAGGAGGAAGAGGAAGAAGAGGAGGAGGAGGAGGAGGAGGAGGAUAGUGUGACAAUGGAAGAGGAUAAAGAGGAGGAGGAGGAGGAAAGUGGAAUGGAGGAGGAGGAGGAGAAGGAGGAAGAAGAGGACAGGGAUGAGAAUGAGAGAGAAAAGGAAGAGGAGGGGGAGGAGGGAGAUGAAACAAGAGAAGAAGAGGAGGAGGAGGAGGAAGAAGAACAGGAAGAAGAGGAGAUGGAAGAUGAAGAAAUAAGGGAGGAAGAAGAGGAAAAUGACAAAAAUCUUCAGGGGACAAGAGAGGGAGAGAGGGCAAGAGACAAUCGGUAUCCAGUUGGAAAGGAAGAAAGUCGACAAAGAAAUGUAAACAAACUGAACCAGGAGCCGAAAAAUAUUGACAAAAACACGGAUGAUUUUUUUGACAGUGGGAAAACAAGAUUACUGGAAGAUGAACAAGGGGAAAUGGCUGCUCAAAAUAAUGAUAAGAGGACGGAAGAUGAAGAAAUGGAAGUGAAAACAGAGGAAGAGGAAGAAGAGGAGAGGAAAGAGAGAAAUAAUUUUUUUGAUGAUGGAAGAACGAAGUUAUUAAGAGAUAAACAGAAGGAAAUAGUGAAUAAUAAUGAUGAUAAAAGGAUGGAAAAUGAAGAAAUAGAGAUGAAAACAGUAAAGGAGGAAGAGGAAACUGUGAAAUUCAAGGAAGAGGAGGAGGAGGAGGAGGAAGAAUUUGUGAUAAAUAAAGAAAAACAAAGAAUUGAAGAAGAGAAAGAGGUGGAGGAGAACAGAAUAGAGGAAAUGAAGGAAGAGGAGGAAGAGAUGAUGAAAGAGGAAAAAGAAAUAGAAGAGAUAAUAUUUGAGAAGGAGGAAAUGGAGAAGGAAGAAAGAAUAAACCAAAGGAAUAAGGAAAAUCAAGAAGAUUAUUUAUUUCAAGACAAAAUGACUAUAAGAGACUUAACAAAAGAAGAAGAAGAAGAAAAAAAUAAUGAUAAUGAAGAGGAGGAAGAGAAGGAAAGAAUAAUAUUAAUGACAAUUUGCAAUAAUGACAAAGAGGAAGAGGAAGAAAAGAUUUUGUCAGUGGAAGAAGAAGACAUUGUGAUAAAAGAAGAAGAAGAGGAGAUAGAAAUUAAGAAAGAAGAGGAGGAGGAGGAGGAGGAGAAAAGAAGAGAAAAGGAAGAGGAAGAGAGUGGUAAUGCAUUCCAGAAGAAUUUGACGGAAGAGGAAGAGGAGGAGAGGGAGGAAGAUAGACAAAAAGAAGAAGGUAAUGAUGUUUUUCAGACCCAGAACUCGGAAAUCUGCCACAAACCAACAGAAAACGGAGGUCAAGGUUUCAAAUCAUCAGGAAAUUUUGAAAUGAGAGAUUCUGAAAGAGAUUUAGAGAGGAAUAAUGAAAAAACAACAACAUCAACAUCACACAAGUCAAAAACAACAGCAGAAAACUCAAAAAACUGCCGUAAAUUAAUAGAAAAUGGAGAUAAAGGCUUCAGAUCAUCAGAAAAUUAUGAAAUGAGACAAUUUGAAAAAGAUUUAGAGUUGCAUAUUGAAAAAACAAUAAUUACAAAAGAAAAUGCAAAAAAUUCCUUUAAUUCUAUGGAAAAUCAAAUUGGAAAGAGAGAUUUUGAGCAGGAUAUUGAGAGAGAUAACACAAAAGCAUCAACAAACAGUGUUACGUCAAUGGAAAACCAAAUUGAACACACAAGCUUCAAAAAAAACAAAAAUACGAAAGAUUUGGAACGAAAAAGCUUAGAAAAGAGAGAUUUUGAGCAGGAUAUUGAGAGACAAAACACGAAAUCAGCAACAGAAUUAUCAACAAAUAGUGUUACGUCAAUAGAAAACCAAAUUGAAUCCACAAGCUUCCAAAAAAACGAAAAAAUGAAAGAUUUGGAACGAAAUAGCUUAGAAAAGAGAGAUUUUGAGCAGGAUAUUGAGAGACAAAACACGAAAUCAGCAACAGAAUUAUCAACAAACAGUGUUAUGUCAAUAGAAAACCAAAUUGAACCCACAAGCUUCCAAAAAAAUGAAAAAAUGAAAGAUUUGGAACGAAAAAGCUUAGAAAAGGGAGAUUUUGAGCAAGAUAUUGAGAGACAAAACACAAAAACAUUAGAAGCAUCAAAAAACAGCAUUGCAUCAACAGAAAACCAAAUUGAAACCGCAAACUCCCAGAAAAACAAAAAAACGAAAGAUUUAGAGCAAGGAAAUGCCAAAACAACACAAAAAACAACAGAUUCCAACAUUAACACCACCAAAACAACACCAGAAACCAGCGUUACGUCACAUCCUUGCAAGACGGAACCCCUGAAUACAUCAAAAACAGAGCAGAGAACACAGCCGGCAUUGCUGAAGGGGAUUUGCAGAACAGCGACUCCAGAACAACAGAAGUUUGGACGAAUAAAGCGACUGAGAACGUUUCCACCACCAGGAGUGAGAGAACUGUGGAGAACAAAAGCAUUGAGAAGAAAACUUGAAGAAGAAAAGAGAAUUAGCAGGAGAGAGCAGCUGAGAUCUUCACUACGAGAGGAAUACAGCGAAUUUAACAAAACAUGGCUUGAGGAUUACAAGGCCCCCUGCAGAACGAAAAUGCUCGUUAAACACACAGUUCUUCGGGCCAGGAAGGACGGAACGGUCGUUAGGCUUUGUUACGCGACAGAACGGCAGAACAAGCUGGUGUCGUGUGUGCUGUGUGAUGUGGACUGCGUAAAUGGGGGUCAACGAGCAGCCUGGGGGUGGUGGAACGAUGAACAGCGGGUGAACAAGCGUUGUGAUGAUAGUGGUGAUAAAGAUGAUAUUAAUAAUUGUUGUUGUGGUAGUUUAACUGUUGAUGCUACUACUACUACUAAUACUGUUCCUGCUACUAUUACUACUACUACUACUACUACUGCUACUACUAUAACUACUAGUGUGGAAGAACAAUUAAAACUACUGGAAUAUUUAAGCCAGGGAGCAUUACAAGUAGAAACAGAACAAGAUGAACGAGAACAACAGUUGAGAACGAAUGAACAAAGUAUUCUAGACAACAAACUAUUGAGAGAAGAACAAGAAGAUCAGCGUAAAUUGAGUUUAAGUGUUAUAGCAAGUGGAGAAGCAGAAGGAUGGGAGGAAAAGGGCAGAAUUGAAGGAGGAAUUACAAAUGGAGGUGUUUUAGACGUAAAAUCAAUGAAAGAAGAAGAAAAAGAAGAGGAAACAGAAGAACAGGAGACAAAAAUGACUGUUACAGAUAAAAGAACGGAGAACAAAAGAGAAAAGCAAGAAUUUAAAGAAGUGACGAGUGUUUUGAAAGAAAAUAUGGCGCCAAAACAAGACAGGAAGCUUUGUUUUGAAUUUGAACCAAAGAAAACGCAAGAUUUGAUGGCACACUACAGUAAUUUGGCUUUCGGUGUUGAAAAUUUGUAUUCUACGCAAGAUGAAGCAUAUUCCAAUUUAGAUUACGCAUAUUCCAGUCUGGAUGAGGUGUAUUCCAGUCCAGAAGAAGCAUAUUCCAGUCUAAACAAACAUUCCAGCCGAGACAAAACAUAUUCCUCCUCAGAACUCCUAAUUACCAGCCCAAAUCAUGCAUAUUCCAGCCCAAAGCAAGCCUAUUCCAGCCCAAGCAAGCAUUCCAGCCCAAGUAGAGCAUAUUCCAGCCCAAAUAGACCUUAUUCCAGUCCAGACAAGGCCUAUUCCAGCCCAGAGGAGCCCUAUUCAUUUCCGGAUAGGCUGUAUUCUCGGCCACAGCGAGUUUACACAUACCAAAAUAAAGUAAACUCAAUUUCAAGAACCGGUAGACAAUUCUUAGCCAAGACUGGAGCUGGAACAGUGGCUAGACCUGACUGGGAGGAAGACCAGACUGCCAGACCAUGGAAGAGAGCCAAGCUGGGAGAUGUAGAGGGUCAGGAAACUCGGACAAUUAACGGGAAUGACGUAAACUUUGUCUCCUGUACGAAUAGAGUGAUGGAAGAGGAAGGGGAGGAAGAGGAGGAGGAGGAGGAAGAUGUAGGGAGUUUUAAGUUAUUUAUUUUUGAAGAAGGUGUGUCUUUUAACGGUUUGUUGGAAGGAGGAAGAGAAAGAGGAGGAGGAGGAGAUGAACUGCAAGAUGAAGAAGAAAAAGGAGGAGGAGGAGGAAGACAAGAAAGUGGACUUGGAGGAGGAGGAAGAGGAGAAAAUAUGCUUAAAACAAAGGAAGGAGGUGGUAGAGGAAAUAGACUACAAGGAGAGGAAGAGGAGGAAGGAGGAGGAGAAGAAGAGGAAGACAUCAGAAGCUUUGAACUGUUUGUUUGUGAAGAAGGGACAUCUUUCAAAGGGCUACUGGAGGGAGGAGGUGUAUUAGAAGAGGAAGGAGGAGGAAGAGGAAGAAGAAGAAAAAAUGAGGAAGAAGAGGAGGGAGGAAAUGAACUGGAGGAAGGAAGAGGAGGAGAAAACAUGAGGAAAAGAUUGAAAAACACUGUAGAGAAACAGAUGAACUUAGAAAAACAUAGCAGACCACUAAAAAAACAGACAAUCAAAGGAGGGAGACCAACAAACAGAAUGCAGAAUAAAAGAAACACACUUGAAACACAAACAAACGUACUGGAAAGGGAGAAAAACACAUUAAAAAUAAAAAUAAAAACACUGGGGAGAGAGAGAGAGUCAAACAGCUCACUCCAGCCACAACUCGGCUCACCUCAAAACAAAGCAAGCCACAACUACCACAGUGACAGCGACGAACUAGACACCUCCACCAAUCACAGGAAGCGUGGCCGGUCCCCGAGGCAGCCGUUGACCAAUCACGUGCAAGAUAGACUCACUGACCAAUCAUCGGACUCCGGGUACCCAUUAAGUGACCAGUCAGAUAAGUCGCCAAAUUUUCUUGGGUUUCCACCGCAAGAGGAGUGCCACAUUAGAAAACGGAGAAUCCCAUGUGAGUGGUGGGAGUUCAAGCUGACUGGCACUGAGGUCCAGGGAGGUGAGACAGUGCCAGAGGGUUCAGAAACAUGGCACUCGAAUGGCGGCACUGAAAAGAAAGUAAUCUUACCCAAAUUAACGAGAGUGAGCCCAAGGAAGGGGGAGAAUGUGACCUCUGGCACUCAUUUGGCACCACUACCUUCUCCUGUUAGUGCCAACAUGACCUCUGGCACUCAUUUGUCACCACUACCUUCUCCUGUUAGUGCCAACAUGACCUCUGGCACUCAUUUGUCACCACUACCUUCUCCUGUUAGUGCCAACAUGACCUCUGGCACUCAUUUGUCACCACUACCUUCUCCUGUUAGUGCCAACAUGACCUCUGGCACUCAUUUGUCACCACUACCUUCUCCUGUUAGAGCCAACAUGACCUCUGGCACUCAUUUGUCACCACUACCUUCUCCUGUUAGUGCCAACAUGACUCCUGGCACUGAAUUGGCACCACUACCCUCUCCUGUGAAUGCCAACAUGACCUCUGGCACUCAUUUGUCACCACUACCUUCUCCUGUUAGUGCCAACAUGACCUCUGGCACUCAUUUGUCACCACUACCUUCUCCUGUUAGUGCCAACAUGACCUCUGGCACUCAUUUGUCACCACUACCUUCUCCUGUUAGUGCCAACAUGACCUCUGGCACUCAUUUGUCACCACUACCUUCUCCUGUUAGUGCCAACAUGACCUCUGGCACUCAUUUGUCACCACUACCUUCUCCUGUUAGUGCCAACAUGACCUCUGGCACUCAUUUGUCACCACUACCUUCUCCUGUUAGUGCCAACAUGACCUCUGGCACUCAUUUGUCACCACUACCUUCUCCUGUGAAUGCCAACAUGACUCCUGGCACUGAAUCGGCACCACUACCUUCUUCUGUUAGUGCCAACAUGACUCCUGGCACUGAAUCGGCACCACUACCCUCUCCUGUUAGUGCCAACAUGACCUCUGGCACUCAUUUGGCACCACUACCUUCUCCUGUUAGUGCCAACAUGACCUCUGGGACUCAUUUGGCACCACUACCUUCUCCUGUGAAUGCCAACAUGACUCCUGGCACUGAAUCGGCACCACUACCUUCUUCUGUUAGUGCCAACAUGACCUCUGGCACUCAUUUGGCACCACUACCUUCUCCUGUGAAUGCCAACAUGACUCCUGGCACUGAAUCGGCACCACUACCUUCUCCUGUUAGUGCCAACAUGACUCCUGGCACUGAAUUGGCACCACUACCUUCUCCUGUGAAUGCCAACAUGACUCCUGGCACUGAAUCGGCACCACUACCUUCUCCUGUUAGUGCCAUCAUGACUCCUGGCACUGAAUCGGCACCACUACCUUCUCCUGUUAGUGCCAACAUGACUCCUGGCACUGAAUUGGCACCACUACCUUCUCCUGUUAGUGCCAACAUGACCCCUGGUUCUCCUUUGGCACAGCUACCACAUAAUGACAUGACCCCAGCCACUGAUUUGACACCCUUUCUUUCAUCAGUGCCUCUCACCACCCCCCUGGCACCCCUGCUGUCUACAGUGCCACCACCCCCAGUGCCCAAUAUUAUGUGGGUACCAGUGCCAGUGUCCUAUAUAGACAGGCAAGGCAGUCUGGCACCCUCUCUUACGGCACUUAAUGGGAGUCUUGUAUCUCAUUCUUCUUUAGUUCCUCCUCCUCCUCCUCCUCCUCCUCUUCCUUCUCCAUAUUCUCAUGUUCUCUCUUCCUUCACCUCCUCUUUCUCUCCUCCUCCUCCUCCUCCUCCUCCUCCUCCUCCAUGUAGUCAAGUUAUGCCUACUUCCUCCUCCUGUGUCUCUUCUUCUCCAUCUUCCUCUCCUCCUCUUCCUUAUACAGAAUCAUGUGACCAGGCCUUCUCUUCCUCUUUGUUCUCUCCUUCCUCUUCCUCUUACAGUUCUUCCUCCUCAUCAUCCUCAUCCUCAAGUUCUUCCAGUUCCUCCUCCUCUUCCUCCUGUCCUCCUCUUCUCCGUCACCUUCCUAAACUGACCCCACUCAGAAAAAUCCACAAAACCACAAAAGUUGGACAGUGCCAAGCUUCCUGCAGUGCCAAAACAGAGUGCCAUGUCCCACAGUCACUACCAUUUGGGCAUAGUGCCAGCGGAUACAGUGCCGUGUCCUCGAAUGGCCCAAAAGAGUGCCAUCCAGUGCCAGCUAUUUACAGUAUCCCAGAGAAGGACGUAACAGAUUUAGCCGUCAUAAAUUUGGAGUGCCAGACAGUGCCAUGGGACAGUGCCAGUGCCACAAGUGUCCAAGAGGAGGCAGCAGGGGAUGGUGUAGGCCAGGUGGUGUACCAGAUGCCCUGUGGUGUGGUGACUGGGGAGAGUGGUGAUGUCCUAGGAGAGACAGGUGUGAGUGUGGUGAUGCGUCAAGGUACAAGUGCCACUUCAGGGACAGAAGACCGUGCCACAGAUCCACAGGCACUCCAAACUAGCCAUGAGAGAGGGAGUGGGACAGAUUUAGUGAUGGAUGUCCCAAGUGAAUGGUGUAUCCCAGGAAGUGAUGGGAUCAAAAUAAUGUUACACCACAACACCAUCAAGAAGGAGGAGGAUUGUUCUGACCAUGAGAGGUGUUGCAGUGUCCAGUCAUCACCACUGGUAUCACCACCGCCACGGGAUAGUGCAUCGCCAUUGCUCUUCUACCUGCACUCACCAUCACUGCCAUCACCACAGCAACAGUCACCACCGCCAAGUGUGAAUCCUCAGGUGUUGCUGGAAAAGGCCUCGUCACCACUUGUCUCGAAAGUGACAUUUUUGCCGGACUCAUCACCAGUGCCAAGCUCAACACCAGAUCUUUUAGACUCAUCAUCAGAUUCUUUUGACUCACCACCACUGGCAGGAUCAUCACCAGUUGCAAGGGAGCCUGCAGACUCAUCACCAAACAGCCCUGCGUCACCACUACUGGAGAUAGAACCCUUGUCACCACUGCCAUCACUACACCCUCUAUCUCCUCUACCUUUCAUAUCACCACCACGAAUCCCCUCACCUCUCCUGCUGACAUCACCAUCACCCCUGUCACCAUCGUCAUUCUCCGAGUCGCCUACACCAUCACCGUCGCCACCACCACCAUCGUCACCACCACCACCGUCGCCACCACCACCACCGUCACCACUACCACCACCGUCACCACCACCACCACCAUCACUAUCACAGUCAGUCACCAAGAAAUUGAGAAAUGUAAGAAUAUUUGCCAGUAAGAAUGCGAAUGUGUAUUCACGUGUGUCAGUUGCGCACACGCACACACAGAUGCACACACACACAGCUGCACAGCCUAGUACACCCACGACAGUUGUGAACAGUGAAAGAAACAGCUGCAUCUCAGGAACACAGCUUUGGGACUCCAGAAAGGUGCCACAGACAGCUGCACUGGAAAGCAGCAGCAGCAGCAGCAGCAGGUGUCCACAGUCAGCUGCACAGGAAAGCAUUAGUAGCAGCAGCACCAACAGCAGCAGCAGGUGUCCACAGUCAGCUGUACAGGAAAACAUUAGUAGCAGCAGCAGGUGUCCACAGUCAGCUGCACAGGAAAGCAUUAGUAGCAGCAGCACCAACAGCAACAGCAGCAGCAGGUGUCCACAGUCAGCUGCACAGGAAAGCAUUAGUAGCAGCAGCACCAACAGCAACAGCAGCAGCAGGUGUCCACAGUCAGCUGCACAGGAAAGCAUUAGCAGCAGCAGCAGCAGCAGGUGUCCACAGUCAGCUGUACAGGAAAACAUUACCAGCAGCAGCAGGUGUUCAGAGUCAGCUGCACAGGAAAGCAGCAGCAGCAGCAGCAGCAGGUGUCCACAGGCAGCAGCACACACACGCUCUAGAUACAACCUGAGGGACUUCUGCCCACUGUCUUGCCGGCUGGAGGACACCAUCCUGUACGCUGCCAGCUGGACCGGCAGGAUGAAUGGACACCGCAUAGUGCCACACACCCGCUGGCCAGGCACACCGGCACACACCAAGCACAGCGCCCCACCAUCAGCUGCACACACCCAAGGCAGCUUGGCAUUCCCGAUGGUGCCAGGCCAGGCUGGCACCACACAGGAUGCUGCCACACAGCCCAGCACCACCCAGGGUGCCACACAGCCUGGCACCACCCAGGGUGCUGCCACACAACCCAGCACUACACAGGGUGCCACACAGGCCAGCACCAACCAGGGUGCUGCCACACAGCCUGGCACCACCCAGGGUGCUGCCACACAGCCCAGCACCACCCAGGGUGCCACACAGGCCAGCACCACCCAGGGUGCCACACAAGCCAGCACCACCCAGGGUGCCACACAGGCCAACACCACUCGGGAUGCUGCCACACAGACCGGCACCACCCAGGGUGCUGCCACACAGACCGGCACCACCCAGGGUGCUGCCACACAGGCUGGCACCAUCCAGGGUGCCAUACAAGCUGGCACCACCCAGGGUGCCACACAGGCCAGCACCACCCAGGAUGCUGCCACACAGGCCAGCAACACCCAAGGCAGCACCAGACAGGGCGGCACCACCCAGGAUGGCACCAGACAGGGCGGCACCACCCAGGGGGACACCAGCCAGGGUGCCACCACCCAGGGCACCACACAGGCCAGCAGCAGCCAGGGUGCUGCCACACAAGCCAGCACCAGCCAGGAUAGCACCAGGCAGGCCGGCACCACCUGGGGGUGCACCAGCAAGGGGGCCACACAGGCCUGCACUGGGCAGGGGAAGACAACACAGCACAUGGUGAAGGUGCAGACAAUGAAGGUGCCAUUGUUGGGUGCCGGGAGGAGGAAGCAGUGUGCCACAGUUGCCCUGGCACGAGUGGGGGGCAUGAGGAAGGGAGACACAGUGGCAGGAGAGGCAGCAGCAGUGGGGGAUUUCGAGGGGCAGGGGGGGAAGGUGCUGGUGUACUGCUGUCCCCCAGCUGUGGAGGAGGCUUUGGGCAAGGACGGGCCGGCCAACCUGAGGGUGGUGCGCUGCUGCUUCACCCGCUACAGCAACGGCACUCUCACCUCCACACUCAGCCCCUUCAUCUGCACCACCACCCUCUGCAGCACCACUGGCAACAUGGUGAACCGGGUGUGGGUCGGCACGGGCCAGAAGCUGCUCACCCUGUCGUGGCCCGAUGGCCCCGAGGCGGCGCCGGCCGGUAGCGGCGCCAACCCCAGCUGUGUCGUCAUGGUGUUUAUGGCACACACUGCUGCUGCCGCCCACACCAAGCACAACCUACGCCUGGCAGUUGAGCUGCUGCGGAACCUGGUGCCGGUGCGCGGUGCCACGCCUCUCAUGGGGGGCCGGCGGAUCAUCAGCGUGGGCAUGAGGGGCACCACUGUGCGGUUCAUGCACGUCACCACCAACACCACCACCGGCACCCUCCAUGACCCGACCCUCACCAACAUGGUGCUGCUGCCUGCCACCCUGCCCCCACCCCACACCACCACCUCGCAGGGCCACACCCCGCCAGACACUCUGCCAGGCACAGGCCCACACCACACCACUGCCAUGCAGGGCCACACCCCACCAGGCACUCUGCCAGGCACAGGGCCAUACCACACCACUGCCAUGCAGGGCCACACCUCACCAGGCACUCUGCCAGGCACAGGGCCACCACACCACACCACUGUCAUUGAAGACCACACCAUGCCAGGCACUCUGCCAGGCACAGGGCCACCACACCACACCACUGUCAUUGAAGACCACACCAUGCCAGGCACUCUGCCAGGCACAGGGCCACCACACCACACCACUGUCAUUGAAGUCCACACCAUGCCAGGCACUCUGCCAGGCACAGGGCCACCACACCACACCAUGCCAGGAACACUGCCAGGCACAGGGCCACCACACCACACCACUGUCAUUGAAGUCCACACCAUGCCAGGCACUCUGCCAGACACAGGGCCACCACACCACACCAUGCCAGGCACUCUGCCAGGCACAGGGCCACCACACCACACCAUGCCAGGCACUCUGCCAGACACAGGGCCACCACACCACACCAUGCCAGGCACUCUGCCAGGCACAGGGCCACCACACCACACCACUGUCAUUGAAGACCACACCAUGCCAGGCACUCUACCAGACACAGGGCCACCACACCACACCAUGCCAGGCACUCUGCCAGACACAGGGCCACCACACCACACCAUGCCAGGCACUCUGCCAGGCACAGGGCCACCACACCACACCAUGCCAGGCACUCUGCCAGGCACAGGGCCACACCACGUUGCUGCCAUGCAGGGCCACACCACGCCAGGCUCAGUACUGAGAGGGGAGCACAACAGGUGAGAGCCAGGCAGGUCACAGCAGACUGGCAGCUGCAGAGGUCAUAGCAGACAGGCAGCUGCACAGGUCACAGUUCACCACAACAGCACAGCAAGUUUUGCUGAAGAAGAACAUGAGUUAGGGGUCACUGCAAAUAUUACCUUAUUCAACAUAGGAAGAAAAGUGACACUAGACACACACACACACACACACACACACACACACAAACAUGCGCGUGUACAGUGCUAACUUAUCUACACUACACUAGUACUUGUUAACUGCCUAGACUAUAAGUGAGAGCGAGUGAGAGAGCGAGGCAAGGAAAAAAAAAAAAGUGAAAAAAAAUAGAAACGUUAAAUAAUUUGGUGCUGUGAGGUACGAUAGUUUGCAGUCGUUGCCGUAUGAGUGUGUCUUUAUUAGCAUAUGCAACUUUGUAUAUUGACAAACAGACAAACAGAGAGAAAGAGAAAGAGAGAAGAUUUAGCCUACUGUUUAUGUAUGUAUGACAAUUUGUAUUAUUAUGAUUUUUUAUUGUUGUGUAUAUUUUUUUGACAGUUGACGUGAAGGAUACAAUGCAAUGUCUCGGAAUAAUUACGGCAUUUUCUUCGUUCUCUCGACAUUUGCUCAGUAAAAUGACACGGUUUUGUAAGGCAAUUUCAUUUUUAUCUCGUUACAAAAUCUCCAUUGUAACUUUUAAAUAUGACUUUUUUCUUUUCUUUUUCUUUUUUUUUUUACAAUAAAACAAUUGCUUAUGUAAAGCA